AUGCCAAAGGGUAAAUCUUCAAAGCCAUCGGCCUCAGCUCCCCAAGCUGUACCUCAAGCGGCACCGUCAUGGCCUGUGUUCAAGCCUCCCUUGCCAGUUGUUCAGCUAUACCCAGAGCUUCACCCUGCAACAUCUAACAUUAUUCUUGUCUCGUCUUUCUUCCCUCGUUCUCUGUGUCGCGACUAUGUGGCAUAUCUAAGGACGUUACCAAUGCAGACAACUCCUUCAAAGCCAAAGAAGGGGGAGGCAGUCCGUGUGAAUGAUAGAUUCCAAAUCAAUGAUCCAGGCUUUGCCCGCAGAUUGUGGGACACCACGGGGCUAAAAGAGUUGAUUCUGGAGGAUGAAUCUAUCAAAAGCCUUUGGGGUGGCGAACCGGUCGGUCUCAACCCCAAUAUCCGCGUAUACCGCUACUCCAAAGGCCAAUAUUUUGACUGCCAUUAUGACGACUCCAAUAAUCUAAUGCUUGACUCCGUAUCUGUCAAGACCACCUGGACGCUCCUUUUGUAUCUGACUUCUGCUGCAGAGGGAUGCAUUGGUGGCGAGACAGUGUUUUAUCCUCAUGAUCGCAAAUCGGCAGCUGAAGAAAUUGCUGUGUCGCUUGAAACGGGGAUGCUGCUUCUGCAUAAGCAUGGCGACGAUUGUCUGCUGCACGAAGGGAGAGAAGUCCAAGAAGGAGAAAAGUGGGUGUUAAGAACCGAUCUGUGUGUUCGGCGAUGA